CUGUAAACAAUAUGGCUGCUGAAACGCUUGACUAAGAUGUAUGAAAAGGACAUUUACCAAUUAUCAUAAUAUUCACCUGGACCAUCUGUGUGAGCUAUGGCUGGAAGAGACCUCUACCCAACCCUGCCUGAUGGGCGGGGCUCAUUUCGAGUUGGUGCAAACAGGCGUGUUGAACUCACAUUGCAAAAGGAAUUGGAUGAUGUUGCCUUCAGGUCAUUAGCAGAAAUCUCCAGCAGAAAGGAGGCUGUUAGGCUUGCACCUCUCACUGAUGAUCAGAUAACUGCAAAGAAACUUCAACCUGAAUUCAAGCCACAGAAAGUUCGCGACAAGAAGAAAACUGUUCCAGUGUUUCAUGAUGAUCUUCAGCCAACUUCAUAUACUAAGGACCACUUCCAGCUGAUUCCCAACAUCCCCCCCUACAACCCCCUGGAUAAGCAUCGACGCCCUGACGUCCCCGACAAGAUGCGAAAAUUUCCCUAUGCCAGGGAGCACACUGUCACUACAGCAGAUUUGAAAAAGGCCCAUGUGUCGUCAGUGGGAGUCGUACCAACAAGAGCAAGUGCCAACUUGGCUGAUCUGAAAGUACUGUUGAAAGGAGCCCCAGCUGUUGCUAGUGUCUUGCAAGGGGAGAUAACUCUGUUAGAAAUGGAGCAAGCAAACCAAGCUACCCCUUCCACGCCCCCUCCACCCUCGACGGACAUCCCUCGCAUCGUCCUCAAUGACAAGAUGUACCGCCUAGAGGAGGACGCCAAGGCGGAUGCGGAGACGAAGAAGAAGCCUGCCAUCUUGUCUCAGACUGGCACCAUACAAAAUGUCAUGUUCAGUGAGAGGCAGAAGCCGCCACCUCGACCAUCCUACCUGAACAAACGCAAGAGGUGUUCUCGUAGGAAUGUCAUCAGCCCAGUUGGAGAGGAUACUGAACCAAGUCGACAGAAGAGUGCUCGCAGCAUCCCGUCCUCCCUGCGCAGUGCCCCCAUCAGCCUGCCUGAUGACACGGUUUACAGCAAGUACGACAAGGCCAUCGAGGACAUGGACACGGACAUGGAGAAUGUGGAGACGGCCGUCGGUGUAUCGGAGGCUGAACUCAAGAGUAGGGCUUCUAGUGUGAAGUCUGUCCAAGCGCUCCUGGAUGAGGCCAAGAAGAUCAGCAGCCCAGACUCAGACCCCCUGUACAAGCAGCAUCUGAAGUCAGCAGACAGGAGGAAGCAAGGAACCCCCACUCCGCGGAGAUUACGCAGCGGCAGCAUCAAGAAGGAGACACGCAAGAGUGCAGGGAAAGGUGAGAAGGUCAAAGGGAAGCUGUCAGCUAGAGAUCCAGAGGAGGAGAGUGGGGGAACGUCCAGGCCACGGUCCGAGCGGUCAGUCGAUGAGAUCAUCUCCUCCCUCAGAGACCAGUCCAGGACGGGGAUCGUGUCGGAUGCUGACCGGAGGAUCCAGGAGAUCAUGGACAGGGUCAUGUCCCGGGCCAGUGCUGUACUAAGUGAUAUAGCUGUGAAUGAAGCAAGUGACAGCCCGGAUGGUCAUCGAGAUGAAGAUGCUGAUAACACAAGGGAGGUAACUCCUCAAACUGGCGACGAGACUUCACCCUCUGUUCCGACUCCUGACAUUGAUGUCAUUCUAGACGCAGAUGACCCUGACCGAGUGAGGGGAGAUCUGAGUGUGCCGGACCGUAUCCCAGAAGAGGAGGAGGACGUGCUUGAAGAUACAUUCCGUGCUGAGGUCCUCCCCACUGAGCAGACGCUACCUCCCCCGGUCAUCCCUGAUGUUCCCCCGCCUACAGCUGCAACCACCACUACACUGGACAGCCUCAUUGAGAUGGACGAGGAGGAGGAGGAGGAGGCUUGGCUAGAGGAAGAACCAGCAGCUGAUGUGGGAGUUGAUAUUCGCCAGGCAUAUGAGGACCUGCUCGCCCCACCCACAGCCACAUAUGAGGACCUGGUGAAGGUGGAAGGUACACAAAAGGAGCUGCAGGAUCGACAGAUCCCCACCCCCUUCACCGGACCACGCCUUCCUGUCUACUCCACCUCUGUGUCCUUCCUUUCCUCAUGGGCCCCGACGACAGAGAGGAAGUACAUGCCGACGUCUGAGGUAGAAGAUGAAGGGGGGAAGAAGAGCAUCCAUCACUUUUGUAAGAUGACAUCCGAGUUCCAGCUGCCCAAACAUUUCCAGAAUGUUGGCCGGAAGUACCACACUCCGGACCAGUUCUCAUCAUCCUUCCCAGCUCAACCCUACAGGUUUGGUGCGAUGGGUCCUGCAAUACCGGCUCCAGGCGCUAUAGAGGAGGAGUCUGUGGAGGAAGAUGAGGAUGAGCGGAUGUCGAUCAUUGCCCAGCGGGUCAUUGAUGAAGCAGGUCAGGUGGGGUCAGAGGACACACUGGAGGCGUGGCAGCAGAGGGCAGAGGAAGUGUUCGUCCAGUGUGACAUCAGUGUAGAUGGUCAGAAGAUAAGUAUAGGGAGUGAUGAGUCUCGGGUCUACUGGAACCCAGCUCCCCCCAAGCUUGACAUCCCCCCGGCCAAGGUGAGGGAGGUGUUGUUCCCAGACUACACGCGAGCAUCACUAGGACCAGAAUCUCAGCAGCUGCAGACCGUGCCCGAGUCCGACUCAGACAGUGAGGUUGAAACUGAGUCUGACGAAAACAUGCUAGACCCAGAAGAUGCAGCUGGUAUUGAGAGGCAAGGGAGUAGGGGGCAGACGUGCAGAGUCCUCCAUCGCCGAUACCACUCUAGUGAGGAUGUGACAGCCUUGGUGAAGGCCCAGCAGGACUGGGAGGAGCUGGUGGUGGCUGGGAAGGUUGACCCCUACAGUGGGAGGAAGAUCCUCACCCCCAGGGAGGUGGAGGAGGGGCCAGGAGAUCCGAAGGGGCCAGGAGAUCCGAAGGGGGACAAAGCUGACACAGCAGCUGGAGAGGAUGAUACUGCGACCCCAGCAACUCCUCACUCUGAGCGUGGUCAGCAGCCGGCAAUUGAUGACAUACUUCCCCUGGUGAUGCCGCUCAGAAGGUCACGGUCACAGCCGCGGAUGAUGGUGGAUGAGGAUGACACAGUGCUGGUCCCGCAGGACUUUAACACAGCUAUGAGGGAGAUCUCGGAGCAGAAGUCCCAGAUCCGUCAGCUGAAGCUGAAUCGACAACAACAGGACAUGUCUCCCUGUAAGGAGGUUGAAGUGCAGGAGGAGGAGGUUGUGGAGGAAGAGCAGACCGAGGCAGACAUCCUCAAGUUACCACAGACUCCUAAAGAGGAAAAAUUGACCCCUGCUGAACUCGCCUUGCUGGCUGGGAGGAACUAUGUCAUUCUGCCUAAAAAAAAGAAGCUCAAGCACAAGGGCCCUGUGGACAUGGCCAGGAUUGAGUCCAUCCAGAGAUUCCUGGCUUCCCCGUCCAGAUCCAUGUCCAGGUGCGGCUCACUGCCUCGAGUCAACAGAGUCAUCGAGUGGGAUCUCAGGGUGCCAAGGCAUGUGAGGUCUCAUCGUUCCAGUCUUCCAAAUAUUCUGGACUUUGAGGAAUACAAGACUCAGAGGAGAUAUGGGUCUAGUGAAGAUGAGAGAGAGUGGGCACGGGGCAUCUGGAAUGUGUGGUUCGACCAGGUUUUUCCGCCAACACCGACAGGGUCUGACAUGGAAGACGACAACUUUUUUGACUUCCAGUCCGUCGCACACACUCACGCGGAGAGCACAUCUGUAUCCAGGGAGGAACGGGCCAAGAAAAGGAAGGAGUCUAUCACUAGUGUGCUGUCAGAGACUAUCGACACCCUGGAGCCGCUCACCGACACUGAGGAGAAUAUAGAAAUUAUUCAGAUUCUGAUGGAAGAGAUUGAUAAGAUGACCGCCCAGAUCGAAUCAACUGACAAGCCCUCAGCAUUUGAUCUGUGUAGACGUGGAGCUCUGUGUAGGAAGAUUGGUAAAUUGAAGAGUGCAUCUUUAGAUCUAGACAGAGCCAUACAGCUGGAGCCCUUGCUGCUAGAUGCCUACUGGCACCGCCAUCUGCUGUACAUCCUUCAGGACAAGAAACAGGCGGCGCUGGAUGACCUCAACUUCAUCAUGAAGAAAAACAAGAGACACGCUGGAGCAUACAGAUCGAUGGCUGAAAUCUAUCGGCGGCAAGAUGAUAUAACCAUGGCAAUUGUGAACUACACACAAGCUCUGAAGCUGAAUCCCCAGGACCAUGAGGCAUUCUUCCGCCGAGCGGAGAUGUAUGAACAGCGUGGUGAGAUGCUGUUGGCCCUGGAGGAUUAUGGGAAGUGUACCAAACUGUUGCCGACACGCACGGAUGCCAUCAUGAAACAUGGGAUGUACUACUUCAAGAACAGAAACUGGAACAAUGCCAUCAAUGAUUUCACCGAUCUGAUCCGUGUUGACCCGCUGAAUGCCAUCGCUCAUCUAUAUCGAGGUCAGGCGUACGCCAAUCAGAAGCUGUGGACCCCGGCUGUGGAGGACAUGUCAGCGGCCAUCCACCUUGACCCCGAGACGUGGGAAGCCUUCUAUCACAGAGGGUGUAUACUCCGCAAAGCCCACCCCAAGCGUGCCCUGCAGGACUACAGCAUGUCCCUCCUCAUCAACGACACGGAGGAGAACAUCAUGUCCUACCUCCACCGAGGCAUCCUCUACAGCGCCAUGGGCAAAGCCGAGGAUGCUAUCCCGGACUUUGAGAGUGUGUUGAAGCUCAACAAGGACGUAGCCUGUGCCCACGUCAACCUGGGACUGAUCUUCAUGAAGAAGUACGAGAAUUACCACAGGGCAAUAAAAAAGUUCACCUCGGCCAUCAAGGUUGAGCCAACAUAUGUGCGAGCAUAUGUAUGCCGAGGAGAGGCCCACCACAAGAUACAUGAGCUGAGGUUGGCCUUGAGGGAUUUCACACGAGCCAUUCAUCUGAGACCAGACGUCCACCAUUACUACAUGUACCGGGGUCAGCUGGUUCUAGAGAUGGGCAACAUGGAGUUGGCAGCGUUCUGUGUCAGACAUGCCUCUGAGCUGAGCAACGACUCCACCAGCUCUCUAGGACAAAGACCCACCCAGCAGGCCAUCGUACAGUCCUUCCUCAAGAACUAUGACAAGGCUAUCGAUGCCCUGAAGAACGCGACCCGUGUGAAGACUGGCGGCACUCUGUACAUGCUGCUGGGCAAGACGCAGAUGAAGGCGAAGCACUUCAAGGAUGCUAUUAACAGCUUCGAGAUGGCCCUGAUGCAGUUUAAACCGUGGCGGCCACGAGACCCAUGGCCAGCAGAGACGGCGGAAGCUCACUUCCUGUGUGGUGUGUGUCACAACGAGCUGCGCAACUACUUUGAAGCUUAUGAAGCCUUCAAUAGUGCCAUCAAAUUCGAUCCCAACUAUGCUGAGGCGUUCUACCAGCGAGGUCUGGCCAGAAUCAAACUCAAACAGUCCAAGGGCAUCCAAGACUUCAACAGGGCACUGGCAAUCAACCCCAAGAUAUUCCAGGCCUACCUGAGUCGAGCCUGCUACUAUGGGCUGAAGGGGAACUACACCAAGGCUAUCCUCAACUGUAACGAGGCCAUCAAGCUGCAGCCCUACAGUGUCAGGGCCUACCUCUACAGAGGUGCCCUGAAGUAUCACAUCAAGGCAUAUGAACUGGCUAUCCGGGACCUGAGCAAGGCGGCCAGUAUAGACAGCACCUGCCCUCUAGCCUACUUCAACAGGGCAGUGUGCUACCAGGAGAACAAGCAGUACCACAAGGCGCUGAUGGACUAUGGUAUAGUACUGCUGGUGGGAGAACAGCUCAUGUUGAAGGUGUUGAUCAACCGAGGCCUGCUGUACUUUGAGAGGGGGGACUACAGCAACGCGCUGUACGACUUCCAGAUGGCCGCCAAGCUCAGUCCCUGGGACCACCGCAUUCACCACACACUGGGGCUGUGUUUCCACAAACUAGGGCAACUACAGGAAGCCGUGAAGACCUUCUCCCAGUGUAUUCAGCUCAAACAGUUCUUCCUGGACGGCCUCAUCAGCCGUGGCAACGUCUACAUGGACUACGGACAUGACGAGGGACUGAAAUAUGCCAGGCGUGACUAUGAGCGAGCCCUGCUGCUGGACCCGAUGUGCCUGGCUGCUCGGGUCAACCUGGCGUACACGAUGCAGGUAGCGGGCAAACUGAUGCAGGCCUGGAGACACUUCACUGCAGCCAUCACUGUCAAGCCACGGUUCAAACCAGCCUUGGAAGGACGUGCUAUUGUCAACCUACAGAUGAGUGACACCUUCGCAGCAUAUCAGGACAUCAACGCCUCCGUGAAGGUGUCGGCAACGGCAGAACUCCUCACCAACAGAGGUGUCAUCCAGCAGUUCAUGGAUGACCGCGUGAACGCUAUGAAGGACUACCAGGAGGCCAUCAGCCUUGACCCCAGCUACUCCCUCGCCUACUUCAAUGCUGCUAACAUCUACUUCCACACCAGGCACUUCAAGCAGGCGCUGGAGUACUACAGUCGGUGUAUAGAGAACAAUCCCCGAGACGAGUCUGCCUUCCUCAACAGAGCUAUCACCAAGGUUCUCCUGAAGGAUGGCCAGUCUGCACUGUCCGACUUCCGCUCCGCCAUCAAGCUGAGUCCGUACUCGGCCCACAUGUACUUCAACCGCGGCAACCUGUACACCUCCAUGCAGCAGUAUGACAAGGCAGAGAAGGACUACACUAAAGCUCUGAGUCUCCAGCCCGACGAUGCCCUGGUCUUGAAGAGGCGUGCAGAUGUGCGAGGGAAGCAGGGUAAACGUGACCAGGCCGUGGGGGACUACAGGAGAGCCAUAGAGCUGCAGACUCGACCCCAUAAACCUGCUGAGUAGAGCUGCAUCUACCCAGGCAUGCUAUCUCAUAGACCUGUAUGAACGUGUUGGGUGGAGCUGUACAUAUCUACUGACUGGUGGGUGGCACCAAUGAUUUGAAUGUGAAAUCUUGAACCUCUUGGGCAGAGGCCUAUACCUACUGAUUGGCCAGUGAGGUCAGACAUCUGAGGAGACCCCAUACAAUUCUUCAGUUUUGAAGAGAUGUAUGACUACUGAUUGUCUUGUAGACUGAUGUUCCGCAUAUGAUAAGCAUAAACCUGUUUGGAAGAACUCAUACAUCAUGUGAUCUUACAUCGGGGAUGAAUUUGGGACAACACUUAGAGGACUACACCCCACCUAUUGUGUGUGUGUUCCACGUUGACAUGGCAUACAGGUACCAAUUACCCCUCAGUACAGUCAUCAUGGUAUUCUGUUAGAAUGCCGCGAUUUCAUGGCAUAAUAAUGUGAUUAUUUUAAAGAAUCUGUGAUAUCUGUGAUUCUGUGAUAUUGAUGUGGUCGCGGAGGAAUUAUUACCUCAACUUACCCUUUACAAACUCAGAUGUUUUAUUGAUAGGUGUGAUUCCUUUUAUCCAAAAUAUGCUCGUAUCAACGCUGCAGCUGUUAGUUCAAUAGGUUGCAGUUUGGCCAUGUUAUACCACUCAACGUUUUAUAAGGAUAGUGAAUCAUUACUUAUAAUAUCUGUAGAGGAAAGAUCUUAAUGUCCUUAUCAAAAGUUGAGUGGUAUGUUUCAUUAUGGCAAAUAUUCUGUCAGUAUUAAAGGAAUGUGGUGAACAUUUAUGUGGUUUGCCAUUUCUACAGUCACUUCAGCCAAAAUGCAUGCACUACUUAGGCAUCACAUUACACAAUAUUUCAUCCAAAACCCAACCUUCCACAUUCCCUCCUAAAUAAUGUUUACACCCAAACAUUUCGAUUCUAGCAUGUACAGUGUACCAAAUGCCUAAACAGUCAACAUAAUGUUUAUGUGAUGCUAUAUGUUAUAUACAAGUGUUGUUGAUGUGAUUUCCUAUUAAAUAUAUCUUUUGUCUCA